UGCCGCAGACGCCUUUAACAAUAUUCACUUUAAUCAUUUUUUAACCCGCAUUCUAAGUCGAUGUAAACAAACCACUGAUAGACGUCAAAAAAGCGAGGUUAUGCUCGCCCGUGCAAAACCUUAUUGAUUGAUUCUUGGUUGCGUUGCGGAGUUGCGGUAACGAAUUUGUUAUUUUAAUUCUGGUAUUGAACAACUUGUUUGUACUCAGGUUUGGAUCAUUAAUAAUAAAAAUGAAAAUUGAAGAAGUUAAAAGUACUGUGAAAACUCAGCGGGUCGCUGCUCACAGUCAUGUAAAAGGACUGGGAUUAGAUGAAAAUGGUAUACCAAUUCAAAUGGCCGCAGGUUUGGUCGGUCAAAAGAAUGCCCGAGAAGCAGCAGGUGUCGUGGUGGACUUGAUUAAAACGAAAAAAAUGUCUGGAAGGGCACUGUUGCUAGCGGGUCCGCCUGGAACCGGCAAAACAGCCAUUGCACUAGCUAUAGCUCAGGAAUUGGGUAAUAAAGUUCCAUUUUGUCCCAUGGUUGGUUCCGAAGUUUUUAGCAGCGAAAUAAAAAAAACAGAAGUGCUAAUGGAAAAUUUUCGCCGAUCUAUUGGAUUAAGAAUUCGUGAAACUAAAGAAGUGUAUGAAGGAGAAGUUACUGAGUUGACCCCUGUUGAAACAGAAAAUCCUAUGGGAGGUUAUGGUAAAACAAUAAGUAAUGUAGUUAUUGGAUUGAAAACUGCAAAAGGAACCAAACAGCUAAAGCUAGAUCCAAGUAUAUAUGAAUCAUUACAAAAGGAAAAAGUUGAUGUUGGUGAUGUGAUUUAUAUUGAAGCCAAUAGCGGCGCAGUAAAAAGACAAGGACGAAGCGACACGUUUGCUACUGAAUUUGAUUUGGAAACGGAGGAAUAUGUUCCCCUUCCUAAAGGAGAAGUUCAUAAGAAGAAAGAAGUUAUUCAGGAUGUUACUCUUCAUGAUUUAGAUGUGGCAAAUGCUCGUCCACAAGGUGGUCAAGAUGUAUUGUCUAUGGUUGGGCAAAUUAUGAAACCGAAGAAAACAGAAAUCACAGAUAAAUUGCGCAUGGAGAUUAACAAAGUUGUCAAUAAGUAUAUUGAUCAGGGUAUCGCAGAACUCGUACCUGGAGUUUUGUUUAUCGAUGAAGUUCAUAUGCUUGAUUUGGAAUGUUUUACAUAUCUUCACAAAUCUCUCGAAUCCGCUAUUGCCCCAAUUGUGAUUUUUGCUACUAAUCGUGGCCGAUGCGCUAUUCGUGGUACCGAUAAUAUUGUUUCUCCACAUGGUGUCCCUUUGGACUUGUUAGAUAGAUUACUUAUUGUACGCACUGCUCCAUACAACCUUUCGGAAAUAGAACAAAUUCUUAGAUUACGAGCGCAAACGGAAGGUCUAAGCAUUGAAGACGCAGGCAUUCAGGCACUCAGUGAAAUUGGUGCUAACACCACUUUGCGUUAUGCUGUUCAGCUGAUGACGCCAGCUCAUCAGACGUGUAAAGUUAACGGACGCUCACAAAUAACCAAGGAUGACAUUAUGGACGUUAAUUCACUGUUUUUGGAUGCAAAACGAUCAGCAAAAUAUUUGCAGGAGGAAAAUGCCAAGUAUAUGAUGUGAAUUUUAUACAAUAAAUGCAACAAAUAAUAAUGUAACAA